AACUCCAGAACGCACGAACCGAUUUCCACGGUUUUGCAUUCGUUGGAAAGGUCUUGGGCUCCGUGAGGUUUAUAGCAAAGAAAAUUCUGGAAAAUUCAGGAAAAAUUCAACAGAAAAGUAGGGAAAUCGUUUUUCACAUACAGCGCCAUCUAUUAUACAUAGCAUGUACUUCAAACCAAUAGCAACGGUGCGUGAUAAAGUGUGUGACAGAUAUCAUUAUUCUCUGUUCAGUUAAUUUCAUUUAUUGUAAAUUAUAUGGAUCGUGCAUUUGAAGUUAAAUUCAAAACUAUGUCCAUAGUCCAAAAUGCCUAGAGAACGACGUGCGAACAUCGGCCGCCGCACAAGACAUGCAAGCCAGCAACAAGUCUAUUCAAGGAACUUAAGAGAAGAAAGACAAAAUAUAAUAAGAGAAAAUGACCGAUUGAGACAUCGCGUGAGCACACGAAGAUCAUUGGCAUCAUACAAUCGCUUGGCAUUCCAAUAUGAUCCCACUGCGAACUACAGUGAUGAUGAAAAUUUGGAUAUUGGACGAAUGACGACUAUAUGCCGAUAUUGCAAUGCGGUAAAGUUCAAAAGAGAAACGGUUGGAUUGUGCUGCGCAAGUGGAAAAGUCAAACUGGAUCCAUUACUUACACCACCACAGCCACUGAAAACAUUGUUUGAUGGAAGUGAUCCCGAUUCCAGCCAUUUUCUUCAACACAUCCUUGAAUACAAUAACUGCUUUCGCAUGACUUCCUUUGGAGCUAAUAUCAUUCGAGAAGGCGGCUUCAUGCCGACUUGCAAGAUACAAGGUCAAAUAUAUCAUUUGCAUGGUUCAAUGGUGCCAACACCAGAUGAACCGCAUCAAUUUCUGCAAAUAUAUUUCAUUUCGUCGAUGGUGGAUCAGCUGAACGUGCGGUGCAAUAUACAGGGAGCAAAACAGUUAAAGAGACGAAUUAUUGAACAGUUGCAAGCAUUUUUUCACGCUAAUAAUGCUGUGGUUAAUAUGUUCAAAACAGCAUUGGAACGAAUGCCAUCGGAUACGCACAAAUUUGUCAUAAGAGCGGAUUGUACUCCGACAGGUGAACAUGUGCGAAGAUUCAAUGCACCCACCGUUAAUGAUGUUGCUGCAAUUAUUGUUGGCGAUCCAACUAAAUCACGAGACAUUGUCGUUCAGCGAAGAAGCAAUAUCAUGCAUCGUGUAAACGAGACACAUCGUUUGUACGAUGCGUUACAAUAUCCAAUCAUUUAUUGGCAAGGGCAAGACGGAUACGACAUCACGUUGAAGAUGGUCGAUCCAAUUACAGGAGUAUCAACGAAUAAUAAAAAUCUAAGCGCAAUGAAUUACUAUGCGUAUCGUAUGAUGAUUCGUACACAUGAGGAGAAUGUCAUUCUGAAGUGCGGUCGGCUAUUCCAGCAAUUCGCUGUUGACAUGUAUGUCAAAGUCGAGACCGAACGUUUAGCGUUCAUCAGAUUCAAUCAGCCAAAGCUACGAUCUGAGGACUAUAUACACUUGCGUGAUGCUAUUCAUUCAGAUGGUGAUGUUCAGAAUAUUGGACGACUGACGAUUCUCCCAUCAACUUAUAUCGGAAGCCCACGCCACAUGCACGAAUACGCUCAAGACGCUAUGACGUACGUGCGAAAUUAUGGAACUCCGGAUUUAUUUAUUACGGUCACAUGCAAUCCGAAGUGGACGGAAAUUGAACGCGAGUUGGAACCGGGUCAAAAACCGCAAGAUCGCCAUGACAUAAUCGCCAGAGUAUUUCAGCAAAAACUCAAGGUUAUGAUGGAUGUGCUUACUAAGUAUCGAGUUUUUGGUGACACACGUUGUUAUAUGUACUCGGUGGAAUGGCAGAAGCGUGGACUACCGCAUGCUCAUAUCCUAAUUUGGUUGCUGAACAAAUUACAUUCAAAUGAAGUGGAUGACAUUAUAUCAGCUGAAAUUCCUGAUCCAGUCACUGAUCCCCGUCUACACGACAUUGUGACGACACAGAUGGUGCAUGGACCGUGCGGUGCAUUAAAUCCAUUAUCGCCUUGCAUGGCUGAUGGAAAGUGCACAAAACGAUAUCCGCGACCGUUAGUUGCUGAAACAGUCACAGGGAACGAUGGAUAUCCAGUUUAUCGUCGGCGUUCAAAAGAAGAUAACGGUCGAACUAUCAAAGUUAAAAUUCCAAUUUAA